AUGUCGAAUACGCCCCAGAAUAUAUAUGGUAUCAAUAAUUCAGCGGACGCUUACUAUGGGACACUUUUCUCGCACUUGUCUUAUGGAAUGGGUGAGGGCAAUGGAGUAAACUCAGCUACAACCCCAAAUGCAGAAAAUGCAGCUGCGGCGGCUGCCGCUGCAGCCUUAGCAGCAGUGGCUUCUGGAAGAAACGAUUGGUCUAAUACUGAUGGUUAUAACGCUGUUUCAAACAUGAUAAAUAAUAUGCGUACACAUCCAUCAAUGGCAGCUUGCUCAAAUUCUGGGGAUUUAUCCGAGUCUUGUAAUAUUCCAUCCAGUUCUUUAUCAUCACCUUAUGCUGCAACUUUGUUGGCUGCAGUUGCUGCAGCAGCAGCUGCAGCUUAUCCACUUCCUCAGGGUGCUGCAAAUGCCGUUUCUGGCCAAACAGGUCGGUCUUUCUUACCUAAUCCCUCAAUGAAUAAUAGAGCAGCUGAUUUCACAACAAUGUACUUUGGUUCUUCCACAAGACCAUCUGUUACUAGUGCUAACCAACUUAAUGGGCUUCUUGGUAACCUACCUAAUUGGCCUUUCACUGUUCCUCCAACUCACUAUCCAAACUCUUCAUUUAUAGACGGACCUACUGGUGCAGUCGUUCCUUUUGAGGGCUGGGCUUCAAAUGGUCAACAAUUAACACUGUCACCUUGUGGUGAAAAUGAUGCAAUCAGUCACUUUAGUCAAGGUCCAUCCGAAGCAAAUAUGUCAUCUAAAGACCCACAUACAUAUUAUACAUCAUCGAAUAUGGGAGAUACUGUUUUCGCGCCACCUGCAUCCUAUUCUCAGCAACAACAACAAUGUACUACUGAAGACCCUGGUGUUUCAUUCAUCUACCAUCAUCCGAAUUCAAAAGCUGCCUAUCCGUUUUCAUCUCAAGGACCUCAGUCACAUCUUGUAAAUGGAUUGCCUGGUAGUGCUGCUAAUAUGUUGGAUCCCUAUGCUUCAGUAAAUCAGUGCCAAACAAUCUCACAACAUCUGAUCGAUGAAUUCGGUCGACUAAAUGUUGGAUGUGGUGUCGAAACAGCAACUUGUAGUGAUAAUGGGCUAAAUCAGUUGCAUGUCCCGUUUUAUGAAACCUCAGUUGUUGGGAACGGAAGUAAUGUUCAGUUACAUAAUACUUCAGUGACACAAUGGUCUCAUAUGAAAGAAAGUAACGGAAUUAGUAAUAGCAUGUGUUCUAUGGAUAAGUCCGAUAAUAUAUCCAGAUCACAAUCCAAUCCAAGUACUUAUCCAGCAAGCAGGUUAUCUACUUCAGCGAGUAACAGACCUGCACCAUCAGUUAUUGCUACAUCUGUCAAUAGUUCACCACGUACUAAAACUUGGGCUAAUAUAGCAGGACAACCACCCAAAGGGUCAGCUGCAGUUAUUCAAAACUCUGUAGGAUGGUCAGCGAAAAGAUCUCAUCCUCACAAUCCAACAGCUGUUAACAGGUCUUUCCAAACUUCUACUGGGAACUAUUCAGUUGGUAGGGCUAAUUCUUUGAUGGCAAAUGCUUCGUGUAAUAAUGGGCAUUUAACACAACAAGACAGAGUUAAUACUGCGGACCAGUCAGGAAAUGUUCGUUCUUUGGCGGAAUCUAAUUCCGAGCUAAAGAGUACUUCGAAUAAUGGUAACCAUGCUGCAGAUAAUUCAACAUCCCUACUAACCUCAGAUGGAUCUGCACAAGCUUUUCAACGUGAGUCGGAAGCGCUGCACCAACGUUUGGCUAAGGUAAUUAACCCCAAUGACUUCGACACACACAUAGAAAAGGCCAGAUUCUUUGUAAUCAAGUCAUUUUCCGAAGAUGAUAUCCAUCGUUCUAUUAAGUAUUCUAUCUGGUGUUCAACAGAACUAGGCAACAAGAAGCUUGAUACAGCGUUUGCUGAGGCCAAUCAUGCCUAUCCAAUAUAUUUAUUUUUUUCAGUCAAUGGAUCUGGACAUUUUUGUGGGAUGGCUGAAAUGGUUUCUCGUGUUGACUAUAAUGCUAGAGCUAGUGUUUGGGCUCAAGAUAAAUGGCAAGGUAAAUUUUCGGUUCGAUGGAUAUUUGUAAAAGAUGUUCCUAAUACGGCAUUGAGACAUAUUCGCAUUGAGACAAAUGAUAAUAAACCAGUAACUCACUCUCGUGACACUACAGAACUUCCUUUAGAACGAGGUAAACAAGUAAUGGAAGUACUUGCCACAUAUUCACAUACAUUGUCUAUUUUCGACGAUUUCUUUUAUUAUGAUCAACGAGAAAGACAAGAGGGAUUUCGUCGUAAAGAAUUCAAUACGCGAAGAGGUUGA